AUGGUUGCAUGUCGACCAAACGAUACAGCCAAAAUUUUUCCAUUCUUAGCGCCCCUUAAGGGGCAUUUAUAUACAUUUCAUAUCCGGUCAACACCUAAUUCACCGGUUGAAGUUUGCUAUAGUGAAAAAAAGCUAAAACACGCUAUUUCGUUCGAUAGAUUACAUGGUACGAGAAAUGGUAUCAGUGGUAGCGAUGGUACCUUUUCUGGUAGAAUGGCAUUGCAAAUUGUUACGAAGAAAUCAGAACCCAUUACAUCAACAUCCUUAUCACAUAUGAUACCAUCAAGAUCACCGGAAAGGACAGGAUCACGUUCUUCCACUUCUGUAUCAUCCAAUGUUAGUCGUUCACCACGUCUAAGAAGUAAAAGUAAAACAAGAAGUACGUCGUUGCAAUCACUCAAAAAUGUACUACAAGAUAACACAACAACAACAACAAUAGCAACGACUACAUCUGCUGCUGCUGCUGCUGCUGCCAUAUCAUCAAAACGUUUGGUCCGGAAAGGUUUAGAUGUUUCACCGGCAAUGAUGGAAUUUUUUGGAAUGAAACCAAUUACGGGUUCAAAUGCAUGUUUUCAAUUCAUCGAAGAACGUGAGCUACCACCAUCCAGAAAAAACAAAAGAUAUGGAAAAUUACGAGAAAGUAACAAUCUUUCAGCUCCUAUGAGUGAUGACAAUGAUGGUGAUCGAUCGGAUAAAAUGGCUAAAAGUCAACAUGUAAGACAUUUAGGUGAGCCAGGGCCAGAGCAUUUGCCUGGAGUGGAAAGUGGAAAGGAAACGAAUGAUGAUGACCUUUAUAUGGAGGAUAAUGAGGCGCAAAUAAUGGUGAAGAAAGAGAUGGAAUUAGAUCGAAUGAAGGGUAGUAAAUUGAGAGAGGAAACGAGACGAUUAGCCAAGAAUGGUUUAAGCCAUAACUAUCAACAAACAUAUGAGGCUGGUCCAGAAUAUUUCAGUAAUACAGCUGGUGAUGGUGAGGAUGGAGGAAAUAAGAUAGAGGAUGAGAUAUUGGGAAAAAAAGAAUGCACCAAUAGCGAUAGCUUAUCAUCAAUAUUGGCUAUAACAAGUCAUGCAGUGGGAGCAGUGGGAGCAGUAGGAGCAGCAUGCAGUAAUGCAGUAUGCGAUAUAGCAGAAGGCGGAGGCAUCGGAGGAGGUCCAUCGAUGAUGGUGACAACAAAUGCGACAGCGGAUGCGAUGAAAUCAUCAGUUGGAGAAGUAGCAGCAGUAGCAGUAACAGCAUCAGCAGCAACAACAGUAGUAACGGUAACAACAACAGCAACAAUACCGAUAACAGGAAUAUCAAUGGAUGCCGGAAACGGUGGCACAUUUGGAAGUAUACUCAUCAAAGGCGUGCAAAUUAUUAACGAUGAUUCAAUUUAUAUAGCAGAUGUACUCAUUCAAGAUGGCAUUAUUCGAGAGUUGUCCACUAAGAUCGAGGGACCGCAAGGAGCACAGAUUAUCGAUGGAACCGAUAAAGCAUUAAUGCCCGCAGGAAUCGAAAUUCAUACGGAAUUCUCAUCACUGGAUUCUGUUGAUAACUUCGAAACCGGUUCAAAAGCUGCCUUAGCUGGUGGCACUGCUACGAUAAUUAAUGUUAUCCGACCAAGACCGCAUGAAACAUUACUAAAUGCAUAUGAUCGUUUAUGCAAAAUUGCGCAAUCAAAAUCAUUGUGUAAUGUUGCAUUCAGUAUGGUAAUUUCGGAAUGGAACGAUAUGAUAAAGAAAGAAAUGAAUACGUUAGUACAUGACAAAGGCAUUAACAGUUUUGUUAUUAAUAUCCAAAAGGAUGAACAACUUUUUGAG